AUGGUCGCGCUUUCUCCUCUGGAGCGGCAACUCGCCGCCUUUUGCGCCUUCUUCACACGGCUCUUCCCCUUGUGGGUAAUCCUGGCGGCAGUGUCGGCCUUCCAUGCACCGCAGCUGUACCUAUGGUUUGACAACACAUGUAUCACGUACGGGCUAAUGUUCGUCAUGGCGGGCAUGGGCCUGACAUUGACCUUCAGCGAGAUUAUCUCCGUCUUCACAAAGCAGCCGCAGUUGCUGCUGCUGGGAAUGGUCCUUCAGUACACAAUUCUUCCCAUCUUCGGGUACUUUAUCUCACGCUACCUAGCGGCACAGCCGGGUAUCGCUCCAGGAUUGGCAGUUGGCGUGGCGCUGGUGUCCUGCAUGCCGGGUGGAACGGCAUCCAACAUUGUGGCCUACAUCGCCAAGGGUGACAUGCCGCUCUCCAUCAUGAUGACCACUGCCUCUACUCUCAUGGCCAUUUUCACAACACCGCUCCUCACAUCGCUGCUGGUUGGCACGCUCGUGCCUGUGGACCCCCGCGCCAUGUUCCUAUCGGUGCUGCAGCUGGUGCUGGCCCCCGUGCUGGCAGGUACAGCCAUGAACCAGUUCUUCCCUGCCGCGGUGGCCCGAGUCAAGUUGUACACGCCCUUCCUGGCGACUGUGGUGGUCUUCCUCAUCGUAGGCUCCAUGAUAGCUUCGAACGUAGCCGUGGUAGCUUCCUCCGGUGCUGCCAUCAUUGCGUCCGUCUUCGUGCUCCACUCGACGGGCUUCAUGCUGGGCUACGCGUUGUCCAAGGCACUGGGUCUGUCGGACCGCAUCGCGCGCACCAACUCGAUCGAGGUGGGCAUGCAGAGCUCUGCCUUGGCGGCGGUGCUUGCAAAGGUGCACUUUGCGGCGGACCCGGUGGUGGUGGCGCCCUGCGUGCUGUCGGCCUGCACGCAUGCGACUGUGGGCAGCCUGCUUGCGGGUUACUGGGCGGCCACGGUCAAGGACGGGGAUUAA